UCGACUGGCGGGGAGUUGGAAGAUGGGGAAAUUAUCACCAUCGUUUCGGUCAGCUAUCUCCACCGCGAUCGUUAACAAACCACCUCAUCCUCCGGCGGCGCCGUCGCUCUUGUCCGGCGAGAUCCGCUCCUUGUCUAAGAAGCGUCCUCCGAAACAUUCCCGGGAAAAUCAAUCGGCCCAGAGCUCCGGCCACGGUGAAAAGCCUAAACUCCCGACGCUGUUUAAAUCGGCCAGUCUCGCAGAUGCCAAGAAGCUCUACAGCUCCUUCAUCAACACCACAAAAGCCCCUCUCGACGUUCGAUUCUAUAACUCUCUCCUUCGGUCUUACGCUUCAAUCGCCUCACUCAAUGACUCCAUCUCUUUCCUCCGCCACAUGUCCAAAGUUCAACCUUCCUUCUCGCCGGAACGAUCGACCUUCCAUGUAUUACUCUCUACCUCCGGGACUGGUACUGAUUCCUCUCUCGCCUCGGUUCGGCAAAUCCUCAAUUUCAUGGUCACCCAGGGAUUCAAUCCUGACAAGGCAACAACUGAUAUUGCUGUGCGAUCGCUUUGUUCGGCAGGUCUGAUUGAUGAAGCUGUUGAAUUAGUAAGAGAAUUUUCGCAAAAACACUCACCUCCUGAUUCUUAUACAUACAAUCAUCUCGUUAAACAGCUUUGCAAAUCCAGAUCUCUGUCUACGGUUUAUGAUUUUAUUGAAGAAAUGCGUAUUAGUUGUGGUGCGACUCCCGAUCUUGUUACGUAUACAAUCUUGAUUGAUAAUGUGUGUAAUGGCAAGAAUCUCCGUGAGGUGACGCGGUUGGUAAGUGUGCUAGCUAAGGAGGGGUUUAAGCCGGAUUGCUUUCUUUAUAACAUAAUUAUGAAGGGCUAUUGUAUGCUUGGCAGGGGCGUUGAGGCAAUUGGAGUGUAUAAGAAAAUGAAGGAGGAGGGAUUGGAGCCUGAUGUUGUGACUUUUAAUACAUUGAUUUUUGGGUUAUCGAAGUCGGGGCGAGUUAAGGAUGCAAGAAAGUUUCUGGACAUUAUGGCAGAGAUGGGUCAUUUCCCUGAUGCUGUUACUUACACUUCAUUGAUGAAUGGAAUGUGUUGCGAGGGUGAUGCUCUGGGGGCAUUGUCGUUGCUUGAGGAGAUGGAGGCAAAGGGAUGCAGUCCCAACUCGUGCACAUACAAUACGUUGCUCCAUGGGUUGUCAAAGUCUAGGCUUUUGGAUAGAGGGAUUGAAUUGUAUGGUUUGAUGAAAUCCAGUGAUAUGAAGCUUGAAGUUGCUUCCUAUGCUACUUUUGUGAGAGCACUUUGCAGGAGUGGUAGAAUUGCGGAGGCCUAUGAAGUAUUUGAUUAUGCAGUUGAGAGUAAAAGUUUGACGGAUGUUACUGCAUAUUCAACGUUAGAGAUUACAUUGAAGGCUCUCAAGAAAGCAGGGGAGAAAGGCAAUGUCAUAUAACUGGUAAUAGUUUGGUCCUUUCGUGUUAAUUGUUGGCCUCGAUCAACUUCAACAAGCACAUUUGGAGUGGCUGGCUGAUGAAAAAAGGGGUUUAGUGGAAAUUUGGUGAAGCAUGAUGACGGUGAAAGCCAGGCAUAACAGAGAUUCCUAGGUGAAUAUUCAUUGCUGAAGCAUUGGCAGAAGAGUACGGAUCCAAAUUGUUAUCAAGGUUCGUACUUUCACUGUUAAAUGCUAUCAUCUAGAAGAUAAAGCCUACAACGUAGAUGCUGAUCUGCCUCCACAGGGCUCCCGACUGCUUGAUGGAAUGGAAAGGGGAUUUGAGAUUCAAACAUUAGGGAUUGAAACAUAUUUCUUAGUUCAAUGAUGGUAGGGGUGCGAGAUUUUAAAUGCCUUGUUUACUAAGCUAUGCUGAAUGAACAACCUGAAACAUUUAUUUAGAUUUAGAACCCUAACUUUACAAUGUUCCUCUGUAGUACACUUAUGAUCCACAACAGGUACAUUAGAUUAGCGGUGGAUAAGUAUUAGUAUAUGAAGGAAGAAAAGAUCAUAAGCAAGACAGUACAAAUUAUUGAGUCAAUAUACAUUGCAUAUUGUUAGGUAAUGUAUGGGUAAUGUGAAUGUGAUAAUAUUAUGGUUGGUGAGGUAACAAGAUCUUGAAAAA